AUGUCGACAAUAAAUGAUUGGUCAACAUUUUCAAUUGAAAUUCAUAAAACAUUUUCAUCGAUAAUGCAUCAAGAAUUAGCAUUAAAGAAGGUUGGAAGUCGCCAACAAGCUUUUGAUGAAACUGUUUUACACUAUUAUAAUGAUAUGAUCGAGUUAUUUGAUAUGAUUGAUUUAAAUAUGAAUUAUCAUUAUAAAAUUGCUUAUUUAAAAGUUGGCCUUAAAACGUUAAAAAAAGAGGUGAUACGAAGAGAUCCACAAACCGUAGCACAAUUUCUGGAAUUAGCGCAAGCAGAAGAAAAAUUAGAUCUAUCAUUGAAUAUGGAAAUGAAUAAUUUACAAUUAUCACAUAUUGAUUCUAUAUCAGCAAUUAAAUCAUCGAUAAAACCUUACUCACCACCACCACAACAACAACAACAUAAAUGGUACAAAUCAUCAGCAAAUGUUAGAUGUUAUAGAUUGGUAGCCAAUGAUGGUUCAGCUCUCGCUAAAUUACAUUCUCUAUCAUUAAUUUUUAUUUCAACUUGGAUUAAUAGCAUUAGAGUUUCAACUAUGAUUGAUACGGGAGCAACUUCAUCGUUAAUUACAAUGUCAACUAUUAUUAAAUUAAAUUGUCAAGAUCAAAUUCAUAGACAAACAGGUGAAAUAACAUUAGAUGAUUCAGGAACAAAAAUAACUCAGCAUGGAUGGAUCUUUUUGAAUUUAAAAAUCAACAAUGACAAUUAUCAAAUAAGAGCUAUUGUUGUUGAUUGUUUAACAAAUCAUUUUUUUUUAGGAAUGAAUUUUUUAAGAAAAUAUAACAUAGAAAUAAAAAUUUCAUAA